AUGGACUGGCCCUUCUUCAGAACAGCGGCGGUGCUGUUCAUUUUUCUGGUGGUGGUGGAAGUUAACAGUGAAUUUCGAAUCCAGGUAAGAGAUUACAAUGCUAAAAAUGGCACCAUCAAAUGGCAUUCAAUCAGAAGGCAAAAACGUGAAUGGAUCAAGUUUGCUGCAUCCUGUCGUGAAGGUGAAGACAACUCAAAGAAAAACCCGAUCGCCAAAAUUCACUCAGAUUGUGCUGCAAACCAGCAAGUUACGUAUCGCAUCUCUGGAGUAGGAAUUGAUCAACCACCUUAUGGAAUCUUUGUUAUUAAUCAAAAGACGGGUGAAAUUAAUAUAACAUCCAUAGUUGAUCGAGAGGUCACUCCUUUUUUCAUUAUCUAUUGUAGAGCUCUGAAUUCCCUGGGCCAAGAUUUAGAGAGGAUUCUUGAGCUCAGAGUCAGGGUUUUGGAUAUAAAUGACAAUCCUCCUGUAUUUUCUCUGUCUACAUUUGUAGGACAAAUAGAAGAAAAUUCUAAUGCAAAUACACUGGUGAUGAUACUCAAUGCUACUGAUGCAGAUGAACCAAAUAAUUUGAACUCAAAAAUAGCCUUCAAGAUCAUAAGACAGGAGCCUUUUGAUUCACCAAUGUUUAUUAUCAACAGAUAUACUGGAGAAAUUCGAACAAUGAAUAACUUUUUAGACAGAGAGCAAUACGGCCAGUAUUCUCUUGCUGUUAGCGGCUCAGACAGAGAUGGUGGGAUAGGUGGCAUGUCAGCAGAGUGUGAAUGCAACAUAAAAAUACUCGAUGUCAAUGAUAACAUCCCAUACAUGGAACAGUCUUCAUAUUCCAUAAGCAUUGAAGAAAAUGCUCUACAUUCAGAACUGCUCCGGAUUAGAGUAAUUGAUUUGGAUGAGGAGUACUCAGCUAACUGGAUAGCAGUAAUUUUCUUUGUCUCUGGAAAUGAGGGAAAUUGGUUUGAAAUAGAAAUGGAUGAAAGAACAAAUGUGGGAAUUUUAAAGGUUGUUAAGCCCCUAGAUUAUGAAGAAAUGCAGAAUGUGCAACUUAGUCUUGCUGUCAGAAACAAAGCCGAAUUCCAUCAUUCAAUUAUGUCUCAAUAUAAACUCACAGCAACUGCAGUCUCAGUGGCAGUGGUAAACGUAAUAGAAGGCUCAGUGUUCCGUCCAGGUUCAAAGACAUACGCCGUAACUAGUGAUAUGGGACAAAAUCAUAGAGUGGGAGAAUUCGUAGCUAUCGACCUGGACACAGGUCUGGCUUCAACAACUGUCAGAUAUGUAAUGGGAACUAAUCCAGCCAACCUGCUAGCUGUUGAUCGAAGAACAGGCGCAAUUACUUUGGUAAAUAAAGUUACCAGGGAACAAUAUGAGAUGCUUAAGGGAAAAUACCAAGGAACAAUUCUAUCUAUAGAUGAUACUUCUCAAAGAACUUGCACUGGUACAAUUAUUAUCGAACUUGAAGGUUUUGGCCCGCCAAAGCCUGAAACCACCACUCCUGAUACAAGUACUGACGGUAAAGCUAAUGGAGGUAGUACAAUUGUGAGCAGUUCCUCAGGCUAUUCCAGGACAACUUACUCCGGUAACGGGCACUCAAUAAAUGUCUAUCAAGAUCGUUUUGAUAACGUACAUUUCGGUCCUGCUGGCAUUGGACUACUUGUCAUGGGAGUCUUGGUCUUAGGAUUGGUUCCAUUUUUGAUGAUCUAUUGUGAUCCUGCUCUUGACCCUGGUGGUGGAGUCAGUUUUGACCCUGUUGUCGAAGGUUCAGAUGGAGCAAUUCAUUCAUGGGCCGUAGAAGGACCACAGCCUGAACUCAGAGACUUGACCAACAUCUGCGUGCCACAGGUACUACCUGAUAAUGCAAAUAUGAUGGAAUGCAUUGACAACACAGGAGUUUAUACAAAUGAGUACUGUGGCAGAGAAAUACAAGAUCUGGGAGGAGGAGAAAUAACAUCACGAUUUGAAGUAACAAAUGGAGUUAAAACGUGUGGAGGGCCUGAGAUAUGCCAAGAAUAUUCUGGAACAUUAAGAAGAAAUUCUGUGAGGGAAUGUAGAGAAGGAGGACUGAAUAUGAAUUUCAUGGAGAGUUACUUCUGUCAGAAAGCAUAUGCAUAUGCAGAUGAAGAUGAAGCUCGCCCAUCCAAUGACUGUUUGCUCAUAUAUGACAUCGAAGGUGUAAACUCCCCUGCUGGCUCCGUGGAUUGUUGUAGCUUCAUUGGAGAAGACUUAGACGACAGCUUCUUGGAUACACUGGGGCCUAAAUUUAAGAAGCUGGCAGAUAUAAGUCUGGGAAAAGAAGUUGAAUCUUAUCCAGACCUUGAUCCCUCAUGGCCACCUGAGUGUACCGAACCAAUUUGCCCUCAGCAGGAAACAGAGCCCACUACUGGUGUAUACCCACCAAUCUCACCACAUUUUGGCACUACCACAGUAAUUUCUGAGAGCACCUAUCCCUCGGGACCUGGGGUGCAGCAUCCUAUGCCUAUUCCUGAUCCUCUGGGCUACGGUAAUGUCACUGUGACAGAGUCUUACGCCACCUCUGGCACUCUGAAGCCCUCUGUCCACCUUCAUGAUAAUCGACACACAUCAAAUGUAGUGGUGACAGAGAGGGUGGUCGGCCCAAUCUCUGGGGCUGAUUUGCAUGGAAUGUUAGAUAAGCCUGAUUUGAGAGAUGGGUCAAAUGUUAUCGUGACAGAAAGGGUAAUAGCACCAAGUUCAGGUCUACCCACCUCUUUGACCAUCCCUGAUCCUAGAGAGGCUUCAAAUGUGGUAGUGACUGAAAGAGUAAUCAGACCAACCUCUGGCAUGAUGGGCACUCUGGGGAUGCACCCUGAGUUAUCAAAUGCCCACAAUGUGAUUGUGACAGAGAGGGUUGUUUCUGGCUCUGGCCUGGCUGGAAUUAGUGGCACAACUGGGAUAAGCGGAAGCAGUGGCAUUGGCAGUAGUGGCCUGGUUGGCACCAGCCUCAGUGCUGGAGGCGGGGGCCUGAGUGGCAGCAUAGGGGGGACGGCCACUAUUGGCCAUGUGAGGAACUCCUCUGACCAUCACUUUAGCCAGACCCUUGGAUCUGCCUCCCCUAGCACAGCUCGAAGCAGGAUCACGAAGUACAGCACAGUGCAAUACACCAAGUAGUUAGGACCCCAGCACACUUUUUCACAGUCACGGUGAUUUGGAUUCAGUUCCCAACACACAGAACACUAACAAUGUUAUGUAUAACGCACAACUAGGUUCUAAGAAAAUUGUGGAGCCAAGUAAGAAACCAAACUGAGAAAACAAAUGGAAACAUUG